CCGCGUGGAAUCGGCUGCUCCUUCUCAUCUGGUUUCCUCAAUCUUUACGCAACGACACGAGAACGUGUCAAAAUAUUCAUGGUCUUAAUAAUUAGCAACUUGUAGCUAAAUAUAUCACCAAUUCUAUCAUCAAUUCUAUUCCAGCUCUUGUGAUUCUUAGCCAGCUUGAAGAUAUGGCCUUGAAUGCUUUAAAGUCGCUUCAGUCGUACGGGUCUGAUUUGUCGGAUAAUGACGAAUCAGACGAUCAAAAUGUUAUCAAUCCAUUAAUCGCACCAGAUUUGAAUAAUAUGCAAUCUAUUGCUGCUGAUCCGAUUAUGGACAAAUCGAAGGAAAAGCUGCCCCUCCCAUCGUCAAUGCUAAGCAUGUUCCCUUCUUCAGAUAGUCAUCCUACAAAUGAUGACAAGGAACAACAUGGAGGACGGAUAAGAUCUUUUCCGCAUAUGAGAGGAAAUUGGGCUUCCUUUGUCCAUAUCCCACUGAACAAUUCGCAAAACGUUAUUUGUCAAAUUGAACAUAUUAAAAAUGUCGUUGUCGACAUUCCAGACCUUGAAUUUCAUUUCUGUGAAGAUUUACACUUGUCUUUGUCUAAAACUGUCGUCUUGCGACACCAUUGGAUAGACUCAUUUUUAUCUACAUUGAAAAACAAUGUUACUCAAAUUAACAGGUUCAAUCUUGUGUACUUGACCUUUCAAACAUAUGUCAAUGAAGAGAAGACGAGGACAUUUAUAUCAAUGAAUGUCCAUCCAUCUCCUCAGCUUUACGAAUUAGUGGACGCGAGUGACCGGGCAUUAGCCGAAUAUGAGCUACCAACUUAUUACGAGGAUCCAUCCUUUCAUGUCAGCCUAUGUUGGAUGGUUGGGGAUCAGUCCAACUUCUUAAAAUCAGUUAUUCCUCUCAUAAACUCUAAAUGGCGGACGCUAUGUGAAAAUGAGCCUAACUUACAAUUUGAUACAAUCAAUGAGAUUUGGUUUAAGACAGGGAACAGAUUAUGCACUUUUAAUCUGAAUUUUGCUUUGUGUAGAAGGGAACGGGUUUGCUAAAAAAACAACAGAUUUCAUGGAAGACGCACGAGGAUACAAGAAUGGAAAGGAUAACUUUUGGGAUUCUUGAUAUACCAAUAGACAUGAGGAUGUUUCCUCAUCUCAAUCCAGUGAACCCCACAAUGAAAAUAUUAAUACUAAUACUAAUUGUCUACGCGAGUAUCUCAGAUCGUGCGUUUGGAGAAACCCUCGAAUUUUGCGAAUCUGAAGAGCUUGAAGUUUUCCCGGACUAUCUUGAUAAUGGUGAAAACUGCAAAAUUAUUGACAUAUACAUAAUUUCCAAGUCAGUCCUAUGUGAGGAGGAGAAAGCCGAGGCAUUGAUUCCGUGCUCUUCAGAUUUGCUCUCUACGCCCACUGUAUUUCUGACAUCAUUUCUUAAUGCAUCCAACCGAGAAACUGGCCCUGCCUACAAGGAACCGUUAACAUUUAAUGACAUUCUUACAUUACAUGGAGUACCUGCCAUUACAUUAGCAAAGCACCAAAGAACAAACACUAUAAACGACCAUUGGUUUCGUCUUAUGAUAAAAAGCAGUUGUGAGCAACAAUUAGUGCCUAAACUUUGUGAUAAGCAAUGGAAAUCUGGUAGUGGGAGUCCGUCGCAAUAAAGUAGAAUUUACGAAAACUACA